UUGGUGCCUUUCAAAUUUGCCUCCGCUUUUUUUGCUUGGUUAUGCUUCUUGCUCCUGGUUGGCUGUUGUGUUGAAAAUGGUUGACCCAUGAAAUUAUGAUUAUUGUUAUUUUGAUCAAGUUUACUUUUGCUGGGUUUACAAUUCAGAUCUUUUCAAAUCUCAUGGAAUAUUUAAAGCAAACCCUGUUUUCAUGGCUGUUUAGGAUACAAACAGUGUACAGUCAACUUGUUUACUUGUCAACAGUUAGUUGACUUUGCUCAGCCUUAACCGUUAUUAUUAUGCAUCAAAUUGAUUUAAACAUUGUUCCUCUGUAGUCACAUCAUGUUUUUUCAUUUGGCAAAGUUAAUGGUUGAACUCAAUUUCAAUGAUCAAAUAAUAACAAUUUUUGGAUUUGGAUGGACUCUUUGGUUUAACCUUAUCAACGCAUAACCAGGCAACCAAACCAAGUCACACAGUUUACCAUUAAUCAGCCCAGUAAAUUGGUUUAAUUUGUUAGGAAAAAAUCUGAAUUGGAAUCACCAAAAAUUACAAAACUCUGGUCAACUUUGGUCAACCCAAACAAAUACAAAGAAUGAAAGGAUUUUUUUUCUCACUGGGUUUCAUUGUCAACCCACUCAAACCAUCUGGGGCUGGAUAAUUUUUCAUCAUUUGUCUAUUACAUCAACUUGUAUUUUGUAUGUGUGUUUAUUAUUGUUUAUCAUUAUGUGUGUGUGUGUUGAUGUCAUUUUGAUGAUAUUUUUAACUGAAAACACACACAGAUAGACACACAUAGAGACACAUACAAAGAGUUGUGAGCAAAAAAAAAUGUGAAAACCCAUUUUAAAGUGAGACAAAAAAACAAACACAUAAACAACUCUAAUGGCCAAACUUAGGUAACCUUUUCAUGUAAAAUGUACAUUUAAACCAUUAAUCUAACCAACAACAGCUUAAUAUAUUAUUGACUUGAAUUGCUUCCAGUUUUAAUGUAUUAUUAAAGUUGUUUGUUGUAGGUUUACUUGAUCAUCAUUAGUUGCCUUAUUACCAUGGUUAGGUUGCCUUUGUUGUGUUACAUCUGAUCCAUUGGAAUCCAUUUAAAUUGUUUUUAAUGCAACGAUAUAACCAAAACUUGCACAAUGUACAGACUAUUUUAAUGUUAUCAACAUUACCCAAAUAUAUUGAUGACAACCUAUUUAACUUGUAAUAAUACUAACCAUCAUUAGUAACAAUGAUUGAUUAACCUAUGAGGUGACAACUGUUCAUUUGAUAUUUAAUUUAACUCACAUAGUAUCCUGAAAUAUAAACAUUAUUGGAAAACCAUUAUGAUUGGUGUUAAAUGGGUUUCAGGUUUAAGAUGUAGGUGAUACCUUAAAUUGGAGUCGUCAAUGAAAUCAAGCCAAACAGUUAACAGUGAAUCAACUUGUCUUAAAUGGCCCAUUUGGCUCAGACAUAGUCAUUUCAAUUUCACACUAAUUAGCUUUUUUAAAAUUGAAAAUUUUCUGGUUUUUUUGGUUUACCUUUUUUUGUUACAAAAUGUCAAUCUUUGCCAAACGAUUUUGGCGGUUUAUUCAACUUCAACAACCCACUGGCUUUGAUUGAUUACCUAAGAGUUCAUCAUUUACUAAUGACGAUAACCUUUGUCAUUUACACAUUUAGAAAGUACAACAAUCAAAGUUAAAUUAACAGCAAGUAAUGCGAUAUUAACAUGGGUUUGGUUUUUGCAAAAACAUGGUAACCUAAACCUGAUUAUCAUACAUAUUUGUUAAAAACAUAGUAACUUUAACUUGAAAGCAAAAAGAGGUUUUUAGAGUGAAAAUGUGACUUUGUACUCAAUUAACUAAAUGUUUAACAAUUUAACUAAAUAAAUAUACUUAUAUUAUUUGGUAUCAAGUUUUGGUGACAAGGCUAAAUUAACAUGUAACAAUUAAGUUUACUGUUAAUACCAUUUACCCAACAUUUGUAAAGGCUUUUUACGCCUGUAAAAGUAUACAUUUGUUACUGUGAUUAUUAUUACCAAAUUGGAUAAAAUGAGCCAGAAUCAAAUUGAUUUUGUAUUCUGGUUUUUUGGGUAAACUAGAACAUCUGUAAUGAUUAAGUUAAUCAUAGACUGUAAACUGUUUUGCGUGAGUUAACCUACAGCCUUUUACACGUUUACCAGAGCAACUAAUGAUUUUUACAGGCCUUGUAAAGGUUUGAUUGUUAAUACAUUGGUCGGACCUUAAAGGGUUGUUAUUUUGUGGUUGAUCAUCAAUUGAAAAUUGUUGAUCAAUGUUGAUGGUUGCAUAUAUAUCAUUUAAAGUGAUUAAAAUGGGUAAUUUGGUUUUACCAACAGAUUUUGUUGCCUACUGUUGAAAUGAUUUAUGAAAAGGCCAAUGUAUAUUUUAAUGUAAAUCAAUGUUUCGUUGAAUGUUAAUGAUUAAAUAUCGAUUUAUACUUUAAAUGUAUUAAAUGUCAUUAAAGUGUUGAAACAAAACACAAAUGAAAAAGAGGUAAAAGGGUUUCAUUAAGGUUGAACAUUUUUACAUUUUUGGAUGGUUGGUUGAGAUUACAACAGGCUUUACAAUGGGCUAUUCAAUGGGUUAGACAAUGGAUAGACAAUGAUGAUUAGACUGAUGAUCACUGAUGAAUUGUUUGAUUGGCAGUUGAUGGCAGAGUUAAUCUGAACAGUAGCAAGUUAAAGUGAAGUUGAAGUCGAAACAAAUGGAGUAAGUGAGAGAAAUGAAGAAUCAGUGAAAUGAAGUGAACCCCUUUUGAACAUGGUUAUCAUGAUAUUAUUAAGUAGGACGAAUGAUCCUCCGGUUGUAACUCUUAUCAUCUCACUUUUUACUCUUUCCUAUUAAUCACAUCAUCUUCAUCUUCUUCUUCCUCCUCUUACAGAGCAAACCAUCAUGACAAGCUUCUUUACCAUCUUCAUCAUCUUUUCCCAUCUUUACAUUUCUUGUGAUUUGAUGUGAAAAUCAUAUAAACACAGCAAGUCAACAUUUUUGUUACUUCAACCCAAAAAGUGUAAAGCACAGCAAGCAUCUCAAGUGAACAUGGAAUCAUCAUUCCUUGUUAAUGAUUAACAAGUAAAUCAACAGCUGAUUUACAAAAAGGUUACUUUCAGGUGAUUAUUAUAUUGGAGUAAAUUGUUUGCCUUUCAUCACUUGCACCAUUUAUCCUUUGGAAUCUGUUAAUUAAAUUUGCUGCCAAUGAUAAAGAUAUUCACUUGAAGCUAGGAAACAAGUUGAACAAUCAACAAAAGAGGAAAGUUCACCAUUGUAAUCAACUCUUUCGGGUCUCAUCAAUUAACUUUACAUAUUAAUAAACCUGGUUAACUGUUAUGUGAUUUUAAUUGUGAUAUCAAUGAGCUUUGGCCGGUAAAACAACUACCAAAGGAUUUACUUCAAGAUCAAAUUGUGCCAGAUGAUCAUCAAAUGUAAUGGUUAAAGACAAUGGAUAACAAUCAUUUUAGUUACUUGUUUCAUUGGAUUUACUGUCAGUGUUAAUUGUCGUCCAUUUGUAUAUAACCUUUCACCGACUCAUCUGGUCCAUUCUGGACUCACAAUGGUUCACACCAAUGGUUCAAUUGCAUUUUACUUUACCAAUCCUUUGGUAAAAAAUGUAACACUAGUUUCCAGUGUUGUUCAACUUUUGUCUUUACCAGACUCACAAUCAUUGGCAUUACACUCAACGGCACCUUUAAGGCCAUUAACAGCAUCUUCAGUGUUGAAUCCAGUUGACUCAAUUGACUCUGAUAAUCCAUCUUUAACUCCGCUGGUAGCUUCAGAUGAUAAUACUCUUGAAAGUGUCUUAGGUCCAGUUCGUGAUCCACUGGCCACCACAAUCACCAUGACCAUUAUUUAUGCCAUUAUCUUUGUGACUGGAUCAAUUGGCAAUGUGUGUACCUGCAUUGUAAUCAAACGAAACAGAUAUAUGCACACAACAGUUAAUUAUUACCUGUUUUCACUUGCCAUCUCUGAUUUGUUGUUACUCAAUUUUGGCCUUCCACCUGAACUCUAUGCUCUUUGGCGCAAAUAUCCUUAUAUUUUUGGUAAAUGGUUUUGCAUUUUACGAGCCUUUACCUCGGAAACUUCAACCAAUGCCUCAAUCUUGACCAUCACUGCAUUCACCGUUGAAAGAUACCUUGCCAUUUGUCAUCCUUUACGGGCUCAUACAAUGUCCAAGCUGUCAAGAGCAAUUAAAGUGAUUCUCAUUAUCUGGGCCAUUUCAGCCAUUGCAGCAAUACCAAUAGCCUAUCCAUUUGAUAUAAUUUACAUGGUUAAACAUAAUAAUGGUCAAGUGAAUAAAGAGUCAGCCAUAUGUUCAAUAGCAAGUCCAGUUGAAUAUUUAUUUGAAGUGGCAACCAUUUGUUUCUUUGUCCUUCCCAUGGGCAUCAUAUCGAUAUUGUAUAUACUCAUUGGAAUCCGUCUUCGAAGAAGUUCAUCUAUAACCUCUAGAGCAGAUUCAAAUGGUGAUCGAUCACCUGAUACUCACCUUCCUAAUGGAUCAAAAGAUCCAACCUUGUACAAUCAACAAAGUUAUAAGCAACAUUUAGAUAAAAGAAGAGCGAUAGUCCGAAUGUUGGUUGCUGUUGUUGUUUCUUUUUUCAUUUGUUGGUCUCCUUUCCAUGCUCAACGAGUUCUUGCCAUCCAUGUGGCUGAAAAAUCACCCAAAUUUGUCCAAACAACGCUUAUUGUUUUAACUCAUGUUUCUGGUAUAACGUAUUACCUGACGGCUACAAUUAAUCCAAUCUUAUAUCAAUUACUGUCAUUGAAAUUUCGCCUUGCCUUUCGAGACACAUUUGGCUUUUGGCCUCCUUUCCUUAAACCCGACCAUCUACCAGAAUUAUCAACCAGCAUCGGUGGAGGAAGUCAGUUUGUACCAACAUUGGGAUCACUUAUUACAGACAAUAGUUCAGUUAAAAUUUGUAAAAAGACUUUAUCUACAAAUGGUUCUUUCCAUCAGAUUCCAUCUCCUGUUAGUCGUAAAGGUGGACUCAGCAGUAGAGGAAGUAAUGGUUCAUUUUUUAAUGAUUUACCCAUUGAACCCAAAAGCCCAGGAUCAUUUGAAAAUUGUUAAAUAAAAUAUUAAAUUAAUAAAUUUAAAACAUCCAUCCUUGUAAAGGAACAAUCAA